AUGCCCAAGGCACAGAAAACACCCUGGCUCGGUUAUUGGGAACCUACCCCACAGAACCAAGUCAUCAUCUCACGGGCUGAUCGAGCCACAAGCAUCUACGAUCGCGACGUCGCAUUUCGUCAGUCUCAGAGAGAUGCCUUGAUCAUCGCCCCUCGGGAAGGCUAUCAGCAGAGAAGCCAGAAACGGGGAGCAGAUUUCGACGAUGACUCUGAGGGUGAGACCUUCCACACUCCGAAGGCGAGAUGCAUGCCGCUCGACGAUGAGGACAUAUCGAUCGAAAGUAGCGACAUGGUAGCACAGGACUCAGGAGACGAAACUGAGCAUCAACAUGCGAACGAGACCCCUGCUUCACUGGCCGUUCCAAGCAAUGGACAGUUUCUAGAUAUUCAGGAACGCCUAGCUACUAUGGAGGACAAGGUGCAGUCUCUCGACAAAACCACAGAGAAGCAUGUGGGCGACAUCAGCUACCUCCUCCCACGGAUGACGGAGUUGUCGAGUGUGGGUCAGGCGGUCAAGAAAAAGGUCGGCGUACUGGAGAAUUCGAUCGACACGACCAAUGACAACAUUUUGGGUCUGCUAGAGGGACUGCAGCAUUGCUCAGGAGUCGACCACGACAUGCUAUCACUCUUUCGGAGACUGAUUGAGCUCGUGGGAAAGACAGGGAGAGACUUGAAAACCACCAGAAAGGUCUUGGACGAGACACGAGCAGCACAGGCCGAGGACCGGGCAACCAUUUCCAGUCUCCAAAAGGAGCUUUCAGAGAUGAAGGGUGAAGGGAGCACUGGGCCAGAGAGCAUCAAGUCAGACAGCACCUGGACAUGA